AUGUAUGACUACCAGGCAAGGACUGAAUCGGAGACAUCCUUUAGUAAAGGGGACCAAAUGGAGCUGCUGGAUGACUCACAUGCAGAUUGGUGGUUGGUACGCAUGAGAGACGGGCGUGAGGGUUACGUGCCCUACAAUUUUGUGGCACGCAUGGACACCAUGGAAUCUCAGGAUUGGUUCUUUGGUAAGAUUACCAGAAAGGAUGCAGAGAGAUUGCUGAAGUUUCCGGAAUCUCCUCUCGGGUCUUUUUUGAUACGAGAGAGUGAGACUGAACCAGGCACUUAUGUCCUUUGUGUCCAUGACAAGGAUGCCAGCCGAGGUGACUGUGUGAAACACUACAAGAUCAGGCGCUUGGACAACGGAGGCUGCUACAUCACAUCCAAAACUGCCUUCACAAACCAUACUGAGCUGAUUCGACAUUACCAGGUCAAAGAAGAAGGGUUGUGUCGCAAACUGACUAUUCCAUGUCCCAAGCCAAAACCAGUGAUGCAAGAUUUGUCGGUGGAGACUAAGGAUUUAUGGGAGAUACCUAGAGAAACCUUGCAGCUGCAGACUCUCUUAGGAUCUGGCCAGUUCGGUGAAGUGUAUAAAGGCACCUGGAAGGGAACAACAGAUGUUGCGAUAAAGACUCUUAAGCAGGGAUCAAUGAGUGUUGCUCAUUUUCUGCAGGAAGCUCAGAUUAUGAAAAUGUUGAGGCAUGAUAAAUUGGUCCGUCUGUAUGCUGUUUGCACAAAGGAAGAGCCAAUAUUUAUCGUCACAGAACUGAUGGCAAAUGGAAGCCUUCUGGACUACCUACGCAAUGAUAAAUUCAAGCAAAUAACGAUUCCGCAUUUAAUAGAUAUGGCCUCACAGAUUGCCAGUGGCAUGGCUUACCUGGAAAGCAAGAAUUUCAUUCAUCGAGAUUUGGCUGCAAGGAAUAUUCUAGUUGGUGAAAACAACAUUGUGAAGGUUGCUGAUUUUGGUUUAGCCAGGAUUUUAGACAAUGAAGAAUACAACCCAAAAGGGGCCAGAUUUCCAAUUAAAUGGACAGCGCCAGAGGCAGCACUUCGACAGAAAUUCUCAGUCAAGUCUGACGUCUGGUCGUUUGGUAUUUUACUGUAUGAACUGAUGACCAGAGGCAGGAUUCCCUAUCCAGGCAUGGACAACAAAACAGUGCUAGAACAGGUGGAGAGAGGGUUCAGGAUGGACAAGCCUACCAACACGCCAGAUGGUGUCUACACUAAAAUGCUCGAGUGCUGGCAUGAAAAGCCAGACCUGCGGCCGACAUUUGAGCACCUGUUUAUUUAUUUUGACGAUUACUUUAUUUCUGUAGAGCCAAAUUAUCGAGAAGCAGAUUAG